AAUGAGUUCAAGACAGAACAUGUUGCUCAGCAUCCUUUCUUAUCAAUUCAGCACACAAUUUUUAUAAAAAGUGAAGAAUUUUAAAAAUCGUGUUCCAAAUUGAAUGUGAAGGAAAAAUAGUUUGAGAAAAAUAAACAUCCCGGAACCCACCUGUAAAGCAUGGAAAGUGCAAAUCAUGCGCAUUGUUAGAUGUGAGAACUUAUUGUUAAUAGUAUCCGUUAUAAUCUCAUCCUUAUCCAUCUUCAUCCCUCUACAAUCUGAUAUAUCUCUAUCCAGUCUAUCUGAUAGAGAUACACUUCAAUAUUGAUAAACGAUCUUUUCUAAAACUUAAAUUGUAACGCUUAAAAAAAAUCUUCCCUUGCUUAAUUGGCAAAAAGCAAUAAAUUGCGCAAUUAGCAAGACAAUGUGGAAAAUUUCUUAAACAUAAAGGAGAAAAAUGCGCCAACUUUCCAAAAAAGAUGGCGCCAAAUUUCUUGAUAUAAGUGAUCAACGUGAUCAAAGAUGGCGUUGGUGAGCAGCUGUAUCUGCUGUUCUCUUCUGACAGCAGCCAUCAUGUCCGGUAUCAUCUCCACGUUUAUGUACGCUUUAAUAUUCUGUUUAGAAGUUUGGUGGAUUAUUGAUGCUAAAGUCUCGCUGUCAGUUCCUGCGUAUAUCCUGGCUUGUGGAUAUUUUAUCAUGUUUGUUGUAUCCAUAACAAUGCUGCUUGGUCUCAGGACAAGGAGGACAAGGUUGCUUCUAUGCUGGCUCCUGGUCCAAGUUCUCUAUGUGUUCCCGGAGGCUGGUCUUGUACUCUUCAUGUCUAUAUACCAUUGGAAUGGCGAGACGUUUGGUAUAGUAGAACUAGCGCUAUGGGCUACUAGAGUAAUUUUUAACGUGUUUGGUAUAGUCAGUGUACAGUCUCUGUGGAGCUACUGGAAAGAUGAAAAAUCAGUGUUUAGAUCUCUUCAAGAAUUGGGAAAUACGAAUGGCGGAGUGGUUGGGGGAGGUGUUGGAGAAAAUGGUUUAGGAAUCCCUGGCCAGCUGAAACUACGCGGAAGUUUAAGAUAUCAGUCGGGAGGUUACAGUUCGUCCUACCCGCCUGACCAGCUGGGGUUCGUCAAUAGAUACGCAAAUCAGCUCGGGUACGCGAACCCCGCAUUUUCUGGAAGUUCGGCUCAUAUCCGCGGUGGACUCGCGGUCACAAAAUACGGAGCUCAAGAUUCUACACAAUUAUCAAUGAAGUUUCACUAG